CUCGAAAUACUUCUGUCGAAACUAAUCAAAACCCUUCUUUAGAAGGAAAAAACCUUAAUGUUGCGAACUUAACUAAUAAGAAUCAAAUACAAGGGGAUGAUUUGUCCUACUACCCUCCUGACGAUGAAUGUAGUGACUCUGAAGAGUCUAAGAAAUAUUACGAAAACACCCAUAAAUUUCCUGACCCUAAGUAUAUGUUCAACCUCAAGGCGAAAGGGCUCACUACUCCUGAAAAAUUUAUUUCAUGGUGGAACAAGAACUAUUCAAAUUUUCAGAUCACAGUUGAUACAAUCAAGAGAUAG